AGCUUCACGAAUCUCGACGCUCGAACGACGCCACGCAGAGGAAACGGGUUCUCGGACCGCCAUAAUAGCGCCAAAGCGGUGUGUACUUCGUCCCGCUCGUUUGUCGUCCGUGACGCGACGCUUACCGACGCUCGGCGUCAUUUCUUCAAAAUCCGAUUAAUGAAGCAACAUUCUCAGUGUGAUUGUUGUUGCAGUGUGUUAAAAGUGUGAAUAUACUACGUCCGAGAACGCUCGGGAGAAGAACGACGUAAGAGACGCGUGAGUGCGUGUCUUUGUGGGUGUCUGUACGGACGGUAGGCAGGAAAACAUGGAGAACAGACCGGCGCCACUCCGUUCCAGACGAGUCUGUCGGUUCUGCCUGACAGAAUCGGAACCACUUAGCUACAUUUACGAGAGAGAUCAUAGUAAGCCGUUUCAAGUGCCGCUUACCCUGCAGAUCAUGUCGUGCGUCGCCAUCGAGGUUUAUGCAGCAGAUGGAAUGCCACAAAUGAUAUGCAAUAUGUGUCGUUGGAAUCUAGAUCGUUCUUAUAAAUUUAAGCUUCAGUGCAAGAAAGCAGAUGAAGCACUAAGAGCUUAUCCAUUAUCUGGUGUCUUACCAAGACCAUUUCCACCAAUCCCUAAUGAUCCCCCUGAAAUCAAUAACAAAAGACCAUUGGAACAAAGGUCCCAAAAUGAUGCAGUAAAAAAGCCUAGAGUUGAUAAUGGUGAUAGAGAAAGACGAGAGGCACGAGACAGAGAAAGAGAUAGAGAAAGAGAAAGAGAAAGGGAACGAGAGAGAGACAAGGAUCGUGAUAGAGAAAGAGAAAGGGAAAGAGAAAGAGAGAGGGAUAGAGAUAGAGAAAGAGAAAGAGAUAGAGAUAGACAAGCAGAAAAACAAAGAGAGAAAGAAGAGCAACAUGAUUUUUAUGAGGAGGAACAAGAUGCAGGUAGCGAAGGAGAUCAAGAUACAAGUAGUGCUAAAGAAGAACGUAAAUUAGAACCAGGUGAGAUAAGAGUUCAUGCAUGUGAUCAGUGUGAUCGCACUUUUCCUCUACGUCAAGCCCUUGCUCUCCACAUACAAAGAGCCCAUAGAGAUCGUAACUACAAAUGCACAGAAUGUGACCGUAUGUUUUUCUCUAAAUAUGAUCUAGGAAAACACAUGAGUACUCAUUCUGAGGAAAAACCUUUCUGUUGUCCAGUCUGUAAUAAACAGUUCUCAAGAGCAAAUUUACUGCAACGCCAUGAGAAAGUUCAUAGGGAUGAAUUGCGAUAUGGCUGUCAGCAUUGUGACCGUGAAUUCUUUACAACUGAGGAAUUAGAAAAGCAUGAAGAUGCUGUGCACAAAAAAGAAAAACCUUUCCAGUGCAAUAUUUGCAAUAAACGUUUCACCUACAAACAGGGGUUGGAACGGCACGAGGUGCUUCAUAAUGAAGAUAAGACGUUCGUUUGUGAGUAUUGUAAGGAAGCAUUCCGUACAAGUACAAAAUUGGCACGUCACUUGACAACUCAUGCAGGGCACAGACCAUAUUUAUGCAAGCUUUGCCCUCGUUCAUUUCUUCUAUCUCAUCAUUUAACUAGACACAUGCGUACACAUUCUGUCGAAAAGCGUCACGUUUGUGAAGAUUGUGGAAAAGCAUUCAAGCGUAAAGAGAGUUUAGAAGUACAUCAGCUAACGCACACAAAACGCACAGCAGGUGAAAAAAUGGGACCAGAUGGACUACAGCCAGACAAUAAAACCAAACUCGAUCUAGAGAGUGAUGAAGACGAAGAAGAAGAACAAUACUCUGAUGGCGACGAUGAUUACGAACCACCAGCAUAUAUUGUAAAGAAACUUCCAAAACCAAGUAAGCCUGAUAGAUCAGAAAGCGAAGAAGAACAGGAAAGGUCAGAGAAAGAUGAAAAUCAAAAGGAACAGGUAGUAUAUGUCAGACGUAAAGAUGGUAAUAUGAUUAAAAAGACAAUUAAAACACUAAUGCCUAUUCAGCGUAGAGAAGUACAAGACACAAAGGUUAAACAAAGUCCAAACAGUAGUCAAUCACAGCAGGUUACAAAAACUUCACAGUCUAAGCCGAAUGAGGAAUCUUCAAAAACUUCUCGUGUAGAUGAAACAGAAGCACAAGUUCAAAAAAUAGUUGCAUCUGUAUUUAAAGAACACAAAAUUCCUUUGAAACAUCAAAAUGUUGCUCAAGAUCAAGGUAAAGAGUCACCUACAUCUACAAAUCAAUCAAGACCACCACAAGGACAGAGUAAUUCACAAAAUCAAAUUGUUGCAAAAGAUGAUAAGUUAGAAACUUCUACUGCAGUUAGCGGUACACCAAAAGCUGUUAGUACCAUUAAGGUGAUAAAAAGAAUCGUUGUGCGAAAACCCAGUGGAACUACGGAAACUCCUACAGGACCAACUAUAACAAAAGAGGGAGAAACACCAGGAACUGUGUCUGAGCUAACUAGUUCAGGUCACAAGGUUACAAAACGAGUAAUUGUUCGCAGAAUCAUUCGACAAGGGGAUACUACAAGAGAAGUUAUUAUGAAUCCUGAUGGUACAAUAAUAGAUCCAGCAGAGCUAGCAAAAUUACCUACUGGUAACGUUGUAAAGAGAGUUGUUGUGAAAAAACCUCUUGACAAACAUGCAGGUAUUGUUCAAGCAGUUUUACAAUCAUCUACUGAACAACGCCAGCAACCAACUCCAAUAAAAAAUACCGAAACUGUAAUAAGUGAUUCUCCAAAAUUCGAAUUAAAAACAUCUCAAUCAAUAAGUACACCAUCAUCUGCGCCGAAAACAUCUGUAGCGACUAUCCAAAAACCUGCGUUAACAGGAGGUGAUCAAGAAACUAAAGAAAAAUUAGAACAACUAGAGAAGAGAGUAGAGCAACAACGUUUAAAAAUUGAAGAACUAGAAGCACGCAAACAACAAGAAUAUGAACCUAUGGAAGAAUUAUCACCGGAACGUCAUGAUGAAUCUGAAGAUGAACAACAAUUACCAUUGAAGAGAGUAUUUGUUAAGAAAAAGCAAAGUAUGUAUGAUGAAGAACAAGAAUACAAUGACAAUGAUGUAACAACUACAACUCCUGUAACAACGGUAUCUGUAACAACUACUCCUGCAGUAAUAUUGAAAGACGAGAUUCAAGUUGAACCAGAAAAAGAAAAAGCUCCAGUGGAGUUAAAACAAGUUGAGAAUGUACAAAAGGAAUCAACAAAAACACCUACAGGUAGAAGGGAUGGUAAACAGCCAAUGAUAACUAGUUCUAAAGUUUAUGGAAAUAAAAAGAUUAUCGUUGUAAAGACAGAAGAAGCAUCAGAAGUAGAAGAGAUGAGUCGCGAAUUAUGUAGUAUACUCGAUUCAGCUGACUCGGUAGUGAAGAUGCAAGAAACAGUUUUGAGUAAUCUCAGUCAAAUGCCUACUAUUGCAGAAACUAUCCCGAAAAGUUAUACUGAUAAACCAAAAGCUGGACCCUCCAACGAAAAUAAUGAAACAAUUAAAAAAGAUGAAGUAGACGAAACUAAUCCUCAAGAUGAAGAAAUAACUUUGAAGCUUGAGAAUACUAGUACAAUGGAUGUUGUGGAAGAUUUGGAAGAACCUGAGAUAAAAAUGGAAUCUGUAACAGAAGAAGCAGUUACAAUAAUAGAACAACCUGAACAAAAUUCAACUUUAACUUUAGACGAACAGGAUCUUUCAGAGUCCACGGAUAUUUUUGAACCAUCAGAUAAUGUUUUAGAAGUUCAAAAAAGUCAAUUGGAGGACUCUGUGAUAGAACUUGAUCAUGAGAAUCAUGCAAUAAAUUUAAAUGAUACUAAUGACAGUCAAGAUAGUCUGGAGGAUAAACUUCAACAAAUGGAAGGUUGAGUUUGUUUGAUGUUACUGUUGAACACUCAUGAAUGUUGCUUUUAAUUAAAAUAUUGAUUUAUAAUAUGCAAGCUCUGACUUAUCAGUGUUGUGCUUUUGAUCAAUUUUACAAAUUCAGAACUCGAUCUCGAUGCAUUUUGGACGAAUAUAAAUAACAAUCUGAUCGUUUAAUCGUUAGAUCCCUUAAGUAAACAUGUGAGUUUAAGAUAAUCAACAUCCUUUUAUCACACUGUAUCUGAACUCUGUAUUUAUCAUUCAUUUUUCCUGUGUGACAGUUGUAGAAUUGUGUCUGCAUGUAAUUAAUGACAUCAAUGAGAUACGAAAAAAAAAGAAGGUAGUGCCUAUUAAUCAACAUUUCUAUACGAGAAAGACGUCAUUAUUUAAAUAAUAAGGAAUUAAUUCACAAUUUUCACAUACUACAAGAAAUUUGUUACUUCUAUUAUUAUGUCAUUAUGACAUAGAAAUAUUAAAAAUACGAUUAAAUAUAUUUAUAUAUUUAGGCACUCAUUCUAGAUAUCUUACUAUCCGGUAAACAUGUAUGUUAUUACCGAAUGUAAGAUGUUUGUACAUAUACGGGAGUUAUAUUUUACUUCGAAUGUUGUCUUAUGUUUAAACAUUUUUCAAUUGCAGAUAAAGUCUCUUAUCCAAUGCAAUUAUUAGAUUACAUUUUAUCUAGUUAUUAUUCACAACUGACUCCAUUAUUGGGAACACACAAGGUACUUUAAGGAACAAAACUUAUUGUAACAUUAUGAUAAUUGUACGAGAUUAGAAUGACAACGGUACAUAGAUUAUUCGUUAUCCUAUUAACAUUUGAAGCUAUGUAUCAAAUACAGACAAUGGUGUGUAAAUGUAAAA